AUGAAACAUAUUGCCAAUGAUGAGUUGUUUACUGUGGAAGUCAUUGUCCUGAGCCUGGUUUGGGCUGUUGGAGGACAAUCGAGUGGAGAUGUGAGGCUGAUAGAUUUAUCUGGUUCAAUAGGAUACAGAAUUGGUAGACUGGAUGUCUACUAUAAUAGCCAGUGGGGGACAGUGUGUCAGGAUGGAUUCGGUCCAACUGGUGCACUUGUGGCUUGUCGUCAGCUGGGUUUCCUAGGUUACGUAGCCUAUGGGGUCGUACGGAGUGCACUAGCAGUGCCAGUAUCCACUCCAAUAUGGUUGGAUGACCUUCGCUGCAAUGGUUCUGAAAGCAGAUUGAACGACUGUCCACGAAAUCCUAUCGGAGUUCAUAAUUGUGUACAUUCUGACCAUGUGGGAUUAGUGUGUGCAAUAAAUCAUGUUUUGAGACUAGUAAACACCACUACCAGUGGGAUAGCCUCCGCUGGUAGACUGGAAUUGUUUUAUAAUGAUCAAUGGGGGACCGUGUGUGAUGACAACUUUGGUCCAAAUGAUGCAAUGGUGGCUUGUCGUCAGCUGGGGUACGCAGACUAUACUAAGUUUGGAAGGGUAGAAACGUUAGGUUUCUACCAGUCUUCAAAUUCCAGUCGGACAUGGCUGGAUAAUCUUCGUUGCAUAGGAACUGAAAGAAUACUGACUGAUUGCCCUGCUAACACUAUUGGAGUUGAAGAUUGCACCCACGCACAAGAUGUGGCCUUGGUUUGUACUGUAGAUGGAGACCUGAGGCUUAUAAGCAACUCAGGCCAAACAGGAGGCUCCUCUGGCAGACUGGAAGUCUUUAACAAUGAACAAUGGGGUACAGUGUGUGAUGAUAACUUCAGUCCAAAUGAUGCAAGGGUGGCUUGUCGUCAAUUAGGGUUCUUAACCUACACGCAAUACGGAACAGUUGGAACGCUAGGCCAGUUCUUUCAUGACUCUAAGAUUACUUUAUUGAACAGUUUCAAUGAAAUUUCAUCGGACUUUCCAAUAUGGCUGGACGAGCUUCGUUGCAGAGGAACUGAGAGAAGACUCACUGAUUGUCUUGCUAACACUAUCGGAGUUGAAGAUUGCACCCACUCACAAGAUGUGGCCUUGGUCUGUACUGCAAAUGGAGACUUGAGGCUGGUAAGCAACUCAGGCCAAACAAGAGGCUCCUCUGGCAGACUGGAGAUCUAUUACAAUGGACAAUGGGGGACAGUGUGUGAUGACAACUUCGGCCCAAAUGAUGCAAGAGUGGCUUGUCGUCAACUAGGAUUCUCAUCCUACAGUCAAUAUGGAACAGUUGGAACGCUAGGGUGA